ACUGUGAUCGACUGGUUUUGUCUUACUUCCACCGUGGCCUGCAUACUUCGUCAUCGUUUCACGAAUAGCGAUGAUGUCACCCUAAGUACACAACAGGGUUCAAGAAGUGUCACUUUUCUGUCUAAAAAGUUGCAACAAUCUUCAUUUUACUGGCGGUCGUUGAUGUGCCAGAGAUAAAGCCAGCCAUGGCCUCCGAUCAUGCGAGUAGAAACUCAGGAGAUGGACAAGCUGAGGUGACACUUCUAUCAGCACUGCAUUCCAAAUAUAGCGAUGACGGUGAUGAUGACUUAGGCGACUUGAGCUUUGAGAUAUGUGUUCCUAAAAGUGCUCCUGGAAAGAAAGCUUCUGGUGCUAUGGUGCUUCCCAAGUGUCUUUCUCUGAAUGACUAUCAUAUAACGACAAUUGGGAAUGUUGACGAAGUGGCGGAUUUUUGCUCCUGCGUGUUUGAAUUGGACCUUACAAAGAACGAUAUCAAUGAUAUAAACGAUGUGGUCCUAGUUGCUGGGAGACUUCCCCUCCUGACAUUCCUCAACCUGUCUUCCAACCCGCUAAAAAUCGGCCUCAACCAGGACGUGCAAUUUGAACCAAAUCCAAGACUGAAAACACUAGUCCUAAAUAACUCUGGAGUGAUGAUGGAAACUGUUCAAAGAUUGAUGGAAAUUUUCACGGAGUUGCAAGAACUCCAUCUCAGUCUCAAUAACUACCAGAAGAUAACCUUGGUCAAAAACAAGCCACACAAAAACAUUAAAAGUCUACAUUUUAACGGCAACGACGUCACAGACUGGCCGGAAUUAUGCAAAUUAGGGCAUGCUUUCCCCAACCUUGAAACGCUGUUCAUGACGGAGACGAAAUUAGAGAAAUUUGACUCGGUGGAGGAGACAGAUGAUGCGUUCCCAAAAUUGAAGUCCUUGCGUAUUUCCAAGACGGCGAUCAAUGAUUGGGACGAGGUUGACAAAUUGAACAACUUCUUCUCUGCGUUGACAGAUGUCCGACUUACCGGUAUUCCAAUUUUAGAGAAUUUUUCGGAAAAAGAGAGGUUGAACUUUCUGUUGGCCCGACUAACAAGAAUUCAAAUGCUCAACGGUAGUCGCGUCCGAGAGGAGACUCGCUACGAUGCGGAGCGAGCGUUUAUAAGAUACUAUAACGAUAGUGAGGAAAAACCAGCAAGAUUCCAUGAACUCCAGAAAAAACAUGGAAAACUUGAACCGCUGGUCAAUGUUGACCUUGCUCCAAAUGCUGACCCCUUUGUCAAGGUCACGUUUGGUGACAAGGUCAAGACUAUGCAAAUUGAUCCCAAGCAGACUGUUGGAGAUUUCAAGGAGAGUUUGGCGGAAUUUUGCGGGAUUCCUGCUGCGAGAAUGCAACUUUACUUCACCAAGCCGCCGGAUGAGUGGUUUAUCGGUCAUUUUGCCGAGUUGAAUAAUCCGAAGAAGUUUUUAUAUUCUUUGCUUGUUGAAGACGGGGAUAAUUUCACCGUUUAUGAAAGAAGGGUGAAUCCUCUCCAGCACCCAGCUGGUAAAAGGCAUCGGCUGGCAAAUGUUAAGAAAACACUUGAUUAACUGUGAGAAUUAGUCUACUAGUUCUGUAAACCCCUUUUUUUUCGAGAGCCAAAUACUUUCGUGAGCCAGAUAUUUCUGCAAGCCAGAUAUUUUCGCGAGCCAAAUAUUUUCGCGAGCCAAAUAUUUUCGUUAGCCAAAUAUGUUCACGAGCCAAAUAUUUUCGCGAGCUUAUUAUUUCGCGAGCUGAAUAUUUUCACGAGCCCAAUAUUUUCAUGAGGAAGGGGUAAAGUUGCCAACUUACGGCUGCGUAUCCAAAGGCUGUUCCCUUGUGAACUUGUGGUGUUGCUUUCGUUGUCUCCAUGGCACACCCUUGUGCAAUCAUUGAGAACGUCCAAUAAGCCAAAGAAAGGUUCACUUCGUGUGUGUGUCGCGUCACAAGGAACAUGAAACAAGGAAAACUGCACAAGUCUAUGGAUAUGCAACCUUAAAGGCCUUUGCCGGUUGUUAAAAAUUGUAAUUGAAUUUGAAGUUGUGUGAAAACGUACUGGAUAUAAAUUCAACAAUGCUGUACACAUAUCAUAAAUUCGCAGUUUCAGCGAAUUCGUAAUGGUGAUAACUGCACUACGGCAUUGUGUAUAACUGCAUUUCUAUUUUCCUGGACCACCAGUAACUAUGAAGUGUUCCCCCUUAGGCUGGUAUGCGCAUGAUGGACAAAAUCGUAAUGAAAACGUUUUUGCUUUUCGUCACCCUCACAGACAAAUUAACGUGAAUCAACGUUUUUUGUCAUUUUGUCCAUUGUGUGCACGUAGCUUUAGGGCACAGAUAUGUUUUUCGGAAAUAAAUAAAUUUGCGGAUAUUGAUGAAAGUGAAAUUUGAAUAGGAUGUUUGCGCGAACUGAAAAUAGAGGGGUUUACAUUAGCUUAUUUAAUGCUACUGGUGCUAUUCAAGAAAUUUGUUAUUUUCUCAAAAUUAAUCAUAAUGCAUGUACUGAUCGUGUGCUUAAUUCCAAUGAAUGGCCAUUCUUCACUCUACAAUUUUCGUCCAGACUGAUGUCGUCAUUUCUCUUCCAAUAGUGAAAAGGGAAAAUAACGUGUGUGACACUGUACGAGAUUGGCAGGACCACGGCUGUUAAGCACAACAAAGAUGAGCUGUGAAUCAUGAUGGUAUAUUCACUGGUCUUGGUGAAGACUUUGAAGGUCCACGCCGUUCGUUAAAAAAUUGGAAAUUUGUAGUUGAAUUGGAAAAUUUCCGAGUGUAUGAAUAUGCAUGAACGGCUGUUGGUGAGGUUGGUGAACUGCAACUUUACCAUGGUGAAUCUGAAGCUGCCGGAGAUUUUUUUUGUAAAUUCAAAAACGGCAAAGUAGGCCCGCCCGGCACACUUUCGAGGCUCUUUUCGAAGGCCUUCCCGGGCCACGACGAUUCCGACCAGACCAUCUCUGGUUAGAGCUCAAUGAGCGCUUACAGAAAAUGACAUUUGUCACAUUCCUAGAACUUUUUGUUCGGUCCGUUUUUCAACUCGAGGUUUCGGACACACGUUCGCCCACCGGCCGAUCAUCGAGAUCUUUUUCAAAAGGGUACCCUUAAUAUUGGCAUUCACUUCAUUUUGAAGGAGUUCUAAUUGCUUUAGGAUUUCAAGUUCUAGCCAAAAUGGUGUUGCUUAUGUAAAACACACCGUAAGUGUCAUUUACUAUCUGUGAAAAUGAGAAUUUAGAGCUUUCCUUUUGUGUGUGAGUUAUAUAAUUGAAAACUUUCACGCACAAAGAAAGCACAUAAAAAAGUUUUUUAGUUUGAUAUGAUAUUUUAUUUUUCAAACAUCUUUGAAUAUACAGUAGAACCUCUCUAUUAAGGACACUCUCGAUGCUGUCCUUAAUAGAGAGGUGUCCUGAUUAGAGCGGUCAAGUUGAAUGGAAACAACCUAUUUGGGACCAAACUAGUGUCCGUAAUAGAAAGGUUAUCCUUAAAGGCCAUAACUCCAGGUAUUUUGCCAUUUUCUGCUGUAAGACGAUUUCAAAAGUGUACCUAACACUUUAUACAAUACAGAAAACCCAAUGCAAUUAGCUCCAUCCAUUUUGAAGAUAUAGCCAUUUAUGUGUUUGACAACUUGAUUACCUAAUCAGGCAGCAACUGGCUUGUUAGAGCCAGGCGGCGGGUUCAGCAAAAGUUGUGAUGUAGAUUAGGCUAUUGCCCUACUUGGGAGGACAAAUAUCAAUGAAUGUGAAAAGUUUGUCAUUACUUACUGACAUUGGUUGUAUUCCACUCACACAGUCACUCCAUAUGAUAGGCCGGCCCAGGUCUCUUGCUUGUGAUCAUUCUUUGUCAUGUACUGGUAUAGUUUAUCCUCUAGAUAAUAUGUCCUCCUGACUCAAUCUGUUCUCCAUGAACAACUCUCCUCAACUACCUUAAAAAGUCCCUCCACCCAAAAGUACACACAGAUCUGUGAUGUCAUCACUACAUCAGCACAAUGUCAUUAUUUGUGUGUAAGUGGUCUGCUAGUUAAAGUUAACAGAAUGCUCUUAAAAUUGAUAUAUGAAGUCUGUUAGUCUGUAUUUCUAAUUCUAACCUUCGAUAUACCCUAUAAUAAGGUAAGGUAAUACAGACAAAUUUAUACCAUUAUAGAAAGAAAUCAAACAUCAGUCUGAUCUAUGUCAGUAAACUUGCCGCCUGACUUCACUUAGAAACCUAACCAAGGCUGUUACAUAACAUGUAAACAAAACAGUUAAUCUUGCUUUAUCUCUGGACUGGGUGCUUCAAUUUUGAUCAAACUUGAUUUAAUGCGGAGCUUUAAGUCUACUCUUUGAGGAUCUGUACAUGUCAUGCCAUCAUAAAUGCAGGAGUCGUGGCCUUUAAUAGAGAGGUGUCCGCUAAGGGUGGUUCCACUGUAUACAGAAUAGUUAACUUCCCAAGGCUGAAGCAAUGCAUUAAUAGCGCUGGGAUACAAAAAUUUAGCAUUCAGAAUACAAAGAAUGGCGGCACUGUGGCAGUGAAAGUACAAAAACGAGCAUUAAUGAUAAUAGAAAACAAAACGAUGAGAGAAACGAUUUUUGACUGUAAAUAAACCAGUUUGUUCGUUUAUUUAUCGCCUGACGAUUGUGGUGGUCAAACCGUGGCAUAAAAAAGUCCUCCAUAUAAAUGUGCCGUGUCAUGUCGUGUAUCAUGUGUUUAAUCGAAAGCCUUGGUGUGGAAAAUACGUGAGUGAUAAUAUUGUGAAAAUAAAUAUG